UCCCCUGUGUGUUCCAGCUGAAGGAGAAGCUGGCCCUACUGAAAAGAGAAUACAGCAGAAUCUUUCACAGGCUGCAGCGUGCUGAAAGAGCGGAGAAAAUGGACAGCGAUGUCCCGAAAACCGUUGCAGAGCAAAACCUGCCGCGUAGGCAAGAGAUAACCGAAGAAGGAUCCAUUAGCCAGACGUCCCCAGAGUCCUUGAAGUAUGCCCCAGCUAGUAUUUGUGCGGAGAACACUCUAGAAACGGCACCUGUCAUCUUGGAGCCUGAAGUUACCGGCCAGGAAUGUAGUUUGCCAAAAAACUCUGGCUUCAAAUCAAACUCCGGCCAUGUUUCUCAAAAGGGUCUCUGUAGUCUUGCAGGGCCUGUUCUUGAGCAAAAUCAGCUUUUGUCAAAAACAAAAACCAAAACAUGCACGAAACCAACAGAGACAGAGAGAGAAUUUGUGUGUGAGGCACUUCAGAGAACUCCUGGAUUCCAGUUGGAGCAUAGUAUGGAAAGUGUGAAGACCCCCGGCUCACCAGUCUUUAAGCGAAGGAGCUUCAUUUUGGAAACUGAGCGUAGCAUCCCAAAAGUCGCAGUGGCCUCUUUUGAAGGAAGAGGUAGUAAUGCUUCUUUUGCCAUGCCUUCAGAGGAACCAGAUGAGGAAACCGUCUUUCCUGAAGUAUCCCAUCCGUGCGCUUAUGUUCGGGUGUUUUCUGAGGAAGGCAUCAUUGCUGCUUUUGAAGAUGUGACUGCUGAGAAUGCUUUGUCACCCACAGACACAUGGAAUGAGGGGAAAGAAUCUGCCCAGAAGGUAGAUGAACAAACAGAGAUGGGUAGAGAAGAGCCAGGUAGGAGUGAAGAUUUAGCAGGGACCAGGGAAGCUUCCCAGGGGGGCAGAGCUGCCCCUUGUAUGCGCAGGGAUGAAAUGCAGGAAGAGAGAAGUCAGCACAAGGAAGCUUGGAACUCAGACCUCAUUAAAAGAGGCUCUUCCACCAACAAACCAGGUGACAAGGAUUCAGGGGAACAUCUUAAUCCUGCUGCACCUGCUAAGACCACACUAGGCUCUUGCACAGUAGUUGAAGGACUCCUUUUCCCUGUUGAGUAUUACGUAAGGACAACGCGGCAACUAUCUAACUGCCAGAGGGAGGUGAACUUGGAGGCAGUCAUUCAGAGCCAGCUGGGAAAGAGAAGGAAAAGACGGAGAACUGUGCCUAAGGAGAAGAAUGCGAAGCUUGCCUUCCCCUCCCGAGAACACGUGGUAAGCGAUGAGCUGCUGGGGGCUGUUUCUUUCUCAACCCCUGGGGCUGACGGGACCUCUGAUACUUGGCAUUCUCUGUCUCAGGAGAGCACUGCUUCAGUCACGGGCUUCUCUCCGAGUGAGGGGCUCCUGCAGUGGAGAAAAGGACAGCUGAGAGCGGGGUCUAAUCACAGGGCCUCAUCCUGCACGUCACACAAGACAACAGUUUCCAAGGCACAAGGAAAGAAAAAGAACUGCCAAGGCAAAGGCAGAGCAGUGGCGCUCCCUGCCAGGACCGGUGGCCACGUGGGAGCUCAGCAGAGUGGCAGCAAGAGGCUAGGGGAGUCUGUGGCUGAAUGCCCCGGGGCUGCCUCAGAAGCUGCCCAGAAUGCCCCUGCAGACCUGGUGACUGCAUCAGCUUGCAGCUCUCCGAGAGGCCCGCAAGAGAGCUGCGAGGCGUGUCCUGAGAGCGAGCCUCUUGGGCCGGCUGGGGACUGGGACCACACCAACGCCAGGCUGGGACCAGCGGUGCAGGCAGCGUUGCCUCGGGGCGAGCUGCUGGCGGCUUCCCUGGGAGGUGCAGAUGGCGGGCCGCCUCACGGUGGAAGAGUGAGCAGCCUGCAUGGAGAACCUGAAGAUCCUUCCCAGGGUCUCCUUAAGACCUCCUCGGCUGCCUUGCAUCUCCGGAGUCGUAAGACAUCUGACCCCAAGUGGCUGCCUCCCAGCAUGAAUCCCCAGGGAUUCCAUUUACCCAAAGAUGAAUUUGGCUGCCUUAAGGCAGAAAAACUCAAGCUGUGUGCUGUGAAACCGCUGGAGACUUUUCAUGCUGAUGGACCAGCCAACUGCCUCCACGGCGUGGGUGAGCUGUUUGCAGAGGGAGGAAAUCGGGGUCUCCUUCCAGGCGUGAAAGAACCAGUGAUGCCGCCGCCGCCGCCGCUUCCGCAGUGCUUGCAGAUGAAGGGGCUUCCAUCGAGCAAGCUGCUCCUGCCACCCGCUCUAGAGGAUGUGAGCAGCCUGCUGGAAUCCCAGCCGCCCACCCCCGUUUUCCCCACUGUGGGGCCAACCCCUGCCUCCCAGGCUUCGCUGCACAGUGAGGCCCUGCUAGAUGCAUAUCCUUUGCAAGUGAACGCGGACACCGCGGGUGGACUGGGCAGCCCUGCGGAUGCUUCUUUGCCAAGAAACAGCAUCACAAAGUCGUGGCCACAAGAUCAGAGUGGAUCCUGGAAGCCUGAAGAGAAACGUGUGAGCCUUGCGGAAGCACCUGUCCCAGCUGGCGAGUCCAUUGAGCCAUCUAGUAAACAGAGUGAAAUGGUGUCAGAAGAUGUGGAACAGGCCCUGGAGCACAGCUGGGAAAGACAGAGCUUGCAGUUGACCUCCAGACUCAAGAGCCCCUGUGGCACCGUGGACGUGAGCACCGUGUGGUGGGCGGGCGCCGAUGGCACGGAGCUGCGUGUCGUGACUGCGUGCGAGACGUCCGUUUCCCUCUGGAGGCUCCUGCAUGCCGGUCGCUGGGAGGCGGCGUGCACGUGGCACUUUGCGCAGGUUCCGGUCACUCAGAUUGUUCCCCUCCCAGACGUCCACAACCGUGUGUGCGUGGCAUUGGGAGGCCUGGAGGUCGCAGAGAUUCGGUUCUUGUUUCAUUUUGCUCAAGAUGACUCUGUUGGACAAUGGUUGGUCCAAGCUGGGAAUAUAAAAGCUGUUCUUGGACUGAAAAACAGGCGGCUGGUCAGCAGCUGUGGCUGGCUUCAGGACCAAACCGUGGCGGUCAUGUCUUUCUCCGAGACAGGAAGAAGCAAUGAGCGAUGGGCUUUGAUGUCGCCCGAAGAGACCAUUUUGUCUUUUGCUGAAGUGGAAGGGAUGGAGGAAGCUUUGGUGGGCAUGACAACUCUGAACCAUGUGGUCAUCUGGAACUUGAGGACUGGGCAGCUGUUGAGGAAGAUGUCUAUUGGUUAUUCUGGCCCUGCAUGCGUCUGCCACAAGGCCUACUCCAGCCUGGGUCUCUUGUUUGUGAUUUUAAGUCACCCACGCGCCAAGGAGAAUGAGACAUGUGGAAAUCCUGCUUUCCAGAUCAUUGCACUCAAUCCUAAAACAGCCAAGAACACUGGAGUUCUGUUCUUGUCCCUCCCGCCAGGGAUCAGAGGAAGGUACUUGGAAGGCGGAGUGAGGAACACCCUUGCAGCGGCUGUGCUGACAUCGGGAACCAUUGCCGUGUGGGAUUUAUUUCUGGGCCAGUGCACAGCCCUGCUGCCUCCUAACCCUGAGGGAAGCUGGUCCCUUGCCAAGUGGUCAAUUGCAGACACUUGCCUGCUGGCUGGGCGAAAAGAUGGCAGCGUUUACAUCUACAGUUACACAGUGUGCCUGUCUUCUACUUGAGGAAGUCAUCACUUUUGAGAGGAGUUGCGUGGCCAGGAUUCCCUGUGCUGGAUGAGCUUCUUGCUUGGAGUUGGUUCCAUUUCUCUGCAGGACACAAGGAAUUCCAGCAAUACUGCGGGCUUCAUGGAUGGAUGCUAGGAAGUGCCAGCUCCAUUUUCACCAGUCUGGUCUGAGACAGUUCAAAGAAUUGAUAUGGACCAUAAUCCACCCAGACUAUUUCCUUUACAAGCUGUACUAGUUGAUAAGAGCAGCACAAAAGGCAGGUCUUGUACAAAAAUGAUGGCUCGACUUUUUCUUCAAUUGUUGUUUCUCACCUCCCCAUUUUUUGCAGGAAUUCUGUAAUAUUCUACUAUUAAAACUCCUUUUAAAACAGA